AGCGCUAAGUGCGUUCAGUUCUACAUGGAACCCGCUUAACGUAGGGCGCAUGGUUGAUUGUGUAUUCGGGAGUUGUUUGAAAAGUGAACCGUACUUUGGAAGUAAUAUAAACUUUAGAACAAAGUGAGAGCGGAAGAAGCGCUGAAGAAAAACAUAUUCAGUAAGAUUCGGUAAGGAUCGUUCAGUUUGGUCAGUGUGGAAGCUGCGCUCGAGUUGAGUGGACGCUGAGAUUGUGCCUUUGCGUGGUCAGUUGAAGUAGCGAAAAACCCCUUCUUCCAGCAUCAGUCUGUAUUCAAUUUAGACACUUUAGAUUAGCGCGAGCUAAGGAAUGUGCUAACUACUUAAACUAUCAAUCAUUUUGCUUGACAUCAAGUGCGCAAGGAUUUGGUCGGUGGCCAGGGAGGCUGGUGCGAGAGCACAGAUCUUGAUCAGAUAGAGAGUGAGAAGAUAUUUUAUCGCGCAAGGUGGAUAAAGUGUGCUUGCUUGGGGAUUCGGUUCCCUGCCAGUUUACUUAUCCUCGGUAGUGAUCGUUUCGGUUGGAUUAUGUAUUGAUUUCACUUUUGCUACAGCUCUACCUUCUUAAGCUUUCUUCCACGACACUCGAUUCGACGGCAGGCACGAGUAUCAGAGCCGACUGGGAAAACGACGACGACGGCGACAACUGAAUGCAGUCGAGUCACACGGCGAAUCAAAAGCGAAGAUUCAUCAACCAGGAUUCGUAGCAAGCUGCUUAGCUUAUUCCCCUGGCGGCGUUUUCUGGCAGUGCUAAUUGAUUGAACAAGUUGAUGAGGCCAUCGAUCGAUUGGCACAGAACAGAACGGAACAGAGCAGUAGAGAGUCAAUAAAUGUGCGGCCCCGUUCUCACUGCCCCUGACUGUCACCGUGUGCUUUCGAGCUCAUGAGAUGAACUCAUUGCUGCCCUGCCUUUGACUGAAACGAAGCAGCUGCUGGUCUGAGUACACAAGCCUGACACCUUCCCGGACUGGUGUUAUUUCUUUGGGGGGAAGAAAUAUGCGAGAAGUCGAAAAUCAAAUAAAUAAAUUUAUUAUCAAAUCAGGUCAAUUUGUAUUAAGAAGAAAUAUUGUUGAGUGAGAAUUGAAUGUGCCUUGGUGCGCAUUCAUACAUAGCUGGGCAGAAGAGUAAGAGAGUUCGACCCGAGAGUUCACUGGAAAGUGCUGCGCGUUGGCGAAAAAGAUGUGUGAAUAAUAUUACUGCAUAUCACAACAAUAGGACGGUUGCUGCAGAGUGGUACAUUUGCAUUGCAUCUGUAUACUGGAACGUAUCUCUGGUGGAAUUGAAACCCGGCCCGCGAUAGUACCGUACCAGCAGUGGUAGAUUAAUAAUCGGUGGUAUAUUAGUUCCAACUUUGCGGCUGCUAAUCAUCCCGAUCGCGUAUACGUGGUGUUGUGUUCGGAGCAAUUACGCGUACAUUGUUGAAAGUGAUAAUAGAACCACUGUUCGGAACCGGUUCAGUCGCACGAUUUGCAGCGUGUAAACAAAUCUACAUACAAUCGCGAGUGUUCUGCUGCUAUAUACCUACCGCUCGAUAGGGCAAUAAAUCAAACCGAAACUGUCAGCAGGAAUUAGAUUUUCGAGCCGCCUUAAAGCGAGCCGCGCGCGCCUCGUUUCGAACCGAGUGAAGAAGCCGCACUCUCAAGUGGUUUGUAGGUUACGUUACGGUCCCAGUGAAAUUGCCAAUUGAACAAUCUUACCAUAGAUUCUCAGCCACAGCGCUCGGCGCGACGGCCCGGCCUAAGGAUGAAGCUUGCGGUGGCCUGUCUGGCAGUGCUCGUGUUGCACGGAGUGCUUGCCAUACCGCCUAAGUCGGAACCGACGAUCUCGGAAUGCACUGCAAAGGGAGGCGAAUGCGACGAAAGUAAGGGGCGUCCGGUGUGCGGCACCGACAACCAAACCUAUCCAACGAGGUGUCACCUAAUUAGAGCACAGUGCAGUGGCCAUCAGGUGAGCCUGAAGCAUCGGGGGACUUGUAAGGAUGUGUGCCUUGCAUCCCGCACAUAUGCCCUGCAGCACCGGUCCAGCUCGGCGUACGGGGUUAAAUUUGUACCACGUUGCCGGGAGGAUGGAACUUACGCUCCGGUCCAGUGCCUGGAGAGUGUCGGCUGUUGGUGUGUCAACAGUCAAGGUAAACCACUGCCCAACACGACGGUACAGCACGGGAAACCGGUUUGCGUGAAGAAGGGUAAAUCGAACCAGCGUCGAUCUUCGCCGAGAAAUCCGGUUAGGAACAAACGCAGUUGUUCACGCAUGGACCGUGCCCUGUUCAACCGUAAUCUGCUUAAGCUGUUCGAGAACGAACACAUUCGCGUUCAGCACAACGUAAGAGGAAGCUUGACGGCAAUGUCCAGCGCUGUCAGCGAGAAAACCGUACUGGACUGGAAGUUUGGCUCGAUGGACGGAAACAAGAACGGAAUGCUUGACAAGAGCGAAUAUCGGGAGCUGAAGCGGUUGAUCAAGAAGGUCGUCAAGCCGAAACGUUGCGGUCGUUCGUUCGGGAAGAGCUGCGAUGUCGAUCAAGACGAACGGCUGUCCCGGCUGGAAUGGUCCAAUUGCUUCUCCAAAGAUAACCUCACGCCCGAGAUGGAUCACUAUCCGUCACACUCAUCAUCCUCAUCAACUACUUCCGGUGGUACUACUUCUGGUGGACUGUACGCCACCGCUGCCCAUCAUCACCAUCAUCACCAGGGUGCGGUCGUCGGCGGUGGCGGUGGCGGGGGUGGCACGUUAAUCGGUGUCGGUGGCUCGCACUCUUCCUCUAGCUCUAGCACCCAUCACCACCAUAGUUUCCUCCGGUACGAUGAAUCACAGCAGAAUGGCUCCAGCCAAGAUUACAAUGAUUUUGACGAUGAAGAUGAUUACUCAGAAAAUGACGACGAUUCGGACGAACUGCCCGACAGUGAUAACACGCUACUAAACGGACUGCACUUUAGCAUUGCCGGCAAGCGGCUGCAGCCCAACCUGUUGCUGCAGGGUAAAACUACUCUGGAACUGAAGGGUGAACAAGAUCCCAUCUUCAAGGAUAGUGAAGCCGAAUCGGAUUGCCUAAGUGAUCGAGCGGCAGCUUUGGAAGAGCAGGGUGGUGCAACUGCUCUCUACGUCCCGGAGUGUACCGCGGAUGGGCGGUAUCAGCGAGUGCAGUGUUACCGUUCUACCGGCUACUGCUGGUGUGUUCACGAAGAUACAGGAAAAAAUAUUCCUGGAACGUCGACUAAGGAUCAGCGGCCACAGUGCGACGUGUACCCGGGCGUUGGCGGUCGGCAGAUGAGGGGUUGUCCGGAUGACAAGAAGUUGGAGUUUCUCAAAGAUCUGAAGGACUUUCUGAAGCAGCAAAUUGCUAGCAACUCUGUCACGGCGGCUGACAAUACAAAAUGGGGUACGGAGGAUGAAAAAAUAGCCACUCUCAGUUUUGUGCUACUAGACAAAAACAAGAACAAAGUUUGGGAAAGAAAGGAAUGGAAGACAUUUAGAGAAUUGGUCACCGCUGCAAGACAACUUCGCAAAUGUGGCAAAAAGAUGCCUCGCUACUGUGACGUGAACAACGAUCGUAAGAUCACUCUGUCAGAGUGGCUCAACUGUCUGCAGACCCAGCGGACGCCGUACGUGCUGGACGGUAGCAUGUCCAAGGUGUCAUCUUCCGCUUACACUUCCACCAGUAGCAACGGUAAUGGCGGAAGCAACAGUGGCAGCAGCAUGCUUUCCGGUGACGGCUGGAAACCCUCGCUAUCCGCUUCGUCCACCUCGAAAUUCCGUGGUCCCAAUCCGUUGGAGUCGGUCCUAAAAAGUGAUUGAUGUCGUCUACCAUUCCGCUAGAAUCACUUGGCCAGCAACUAACGAAUGAGACUUAAACUCUGUCGAAUGACAGGAGGGAGCACAGUCGUCGUCGGAUAGACGCGGACACGAAUUAUUAUACUCACUAUGACAGAGACAGUUAAGGAAGGAGUAAUUCAGGCGUUAGAGUUAUGAUUUACAAAACCUAUAUGAGAUGUAGUGCCAUGUUUUACAACAAUACGCAAACCGUUAGUGCAUCAGAGGAAAAAUUGUUCCGGAUGUGCACAACCAACGCUAACUCCAAUUCGAACGAAUCGAGUGUAAUAUUAUGCAUACUACCGAUGUACCAGUGAUAUUUUCGCACUUUAUAUCGCAAAAUCUUAAGCAAAAAAAAAUAU